UGUUCCCCAUCUCGUUCUCUGCUCUCUAUGUUCAGUGGUGCAACAUGAGGCAGUCUGUGGCUAUCUGUCUGUUUGGACUCUCAGCUCUGCUCCACGUAUCUGAGCAGGGUCCCCACCAGCGUAAUCUAUUGAGGGAGCUACUGAGGGACUAUAACCGUAUGGAGAGACCUGUUGCCAACGACUCUCUACCACUCACUGUCCGAUUCUCCUACACUCUCUUACAAGUCAUGAAUGUGGAUGAGAAAAACCAGAUCCUCACCACUAAUGCCUGGCUUCAGAUGCAAUGGUUUGACCACUACCUUCAGUGGAACCAGUCAGAGUACCCUGGAGUGAAAACCCUUCGCUUCACUACUGACCAGGUCUGGAUACCUGAUAUACUACUGUACAACAGUGCUCAUGAUAAGUUUGAUGCCACCUUUAAGAGCUAUGUGCUGGUCAACUCCAGUGGAUUCUGUGAGUACCUACCUCCAGGUAUUUUCAGCAGUGCGUGUAAUGUGGACGUGCGUUGGUUUCCAUUUGACAUCCAACGGUGUGAGCUGAAGUUUGGCUCGUGGACGUUUGACGGCUGGCUGCUGGACCUCCAGAUGCAGGAGGCUGACCUGUCAGGAUACAUGUCCAAUGGAGAGUGGGACCUGCUGGGUGUACCAGGUGAUCGUCAUGAGAUAUUUUAUGAGUGCUGUACAGAGCCCUACUCUGACGUGACCUUUGUUGUGACCCUACGACGGAGAACUCUGUUCUACGCUCUCAACCUCCUCGUCCCCUGUGUUCUCAUCUCCUCCUUGACACUGCUGUUGUUCAUACUGCCAGCCCGAUCGGGGGAGAAGAUCGGUCUGGGCAUUACAGUUCUUCUCUCUCUGACUGUCUUCAUGUUGCUGGUGGCUGAGAUUAUGCCAGCUACCUCAGACUCCAUACCACUGAUAGGUCAGUAUUUUGUGAGUACCAUGGUUACCGUAGGGAUGUCAGUGGUGGCGACUGUAGUUGUACUUCAGUACCAUCACCACGACCCCAACAGUGGAGACAUGCCUCAAUGGGUUGAGUUGGUUCUACUCCAGUGGGUUCCCUGGUUUCUGAGGAUGAAGCGUCCAGGAGAGUGGGGUGAGCUCACACCCCACCACAGCCCCUCCAACCCCCAGACCAAGACCUGCUUCUUUCCCCCUACCACCACCACCACCCCAAAUGGACACCGGCCCUACAUUGGCUUCCAGAAUCCUAUUGAACCAGACCCUGCUGUCACCUGGAGAGGAGGAGGAGGAAGGGGUUCUGACACCCCAAUCCUCCACCACCACCCACCCUCCUCCACAAUGUUUGGUAGCCCCCCUCCACAACCCCCCACAUCUCUGGACCCUGACCCCUCAGGCUCCAGCUGUGUGGAGGCUGGGGCUGGAGCAGUCGAAGCGGGUACUUGCCAUGCCCAGGCCAGGGUGUUCCAGGCUGGGUUAGUGGAGGCCCAGCUCCAGGCUCUGCUGGAGGAAGUGCAGUUCCUGGCCAAUCGUUUCCGUGAGCAGGACCGCAGGGUGAGCGUGGCGGAGAAGUGGCAGUUUGCAGCGGCGGUCAUCGACCGUCUGUGUCUGGUGGGGUUCAGUGUGUUCAACAUCAUUUGUACCAUCACCAUCCUCAUGGCCGCACCCAACUUUGUGGAGGCCGCCUCCAAGGACUUCUUCUGA